AUGUCGAACGAAGAGAAAGGUGGUGAAAAGCACGAGGAGAGCGAUUUGUCGUACUCCACGGGUUGGGUCGCGAAUGGGCUUUCCUGGUCCCCGAGUGACGACGUCCCCUUCUGCUUCGCCGUCUCCUCGUACAUCCAAAGCUACAAAAACUACGUCGACGUGGUGGAGAAGGACGAUGGGGGCAGACUGGUCUGUCGCGCGCGUUGGGAGCACUGCUACCCGCCAACAAAGACGAUGUUCAGUCCUAAGCGGAUGAGCGGGGAGUUCAUCAUCACGACCGCGGAUUACCUGCGGUUGUGGGAGAUCACCCCGAGCGAGGCGGGCGACGGGGCCGCCCGCGGCCCUGGCGAGGAUCCUGCGCGCAAAGGAAGAGGCGGGAAGGAACGCGGCGGCGACGGCGGGGGGGGCGAGGUACUCCGCUCGAAGGUCGCGAUCAAGCGGGUGUUUGAUAACGGCAAGCCGAACGACUUCUGCUCGCCGGUGACGUCGUGUGAUUGGAGCGCGGAGGAGCUGGGGACCGUCGCGUGCAGCAGCAUCGACGCCACCGUCACCAUCUGGGAUCUCGAGCGUGGCGUGCAGAAGACGAAGUUGAUGGCGCACGACAAAGACGUCUACGACGUGGCCUUCGCGUCGGCGCACACCUUCGCGAGCUGCGGCGCGGACGGCUCCGUGCGCUUCUUCGACCUCCGUGAGAUGGACCACAGCACGAUUCUCUACGAAACCCCCGCGCUUCACCCUCUUCUCCGCGUGGCGUGGAACCAACAGGACGCGAACUACAUCUCCACCUUCGGGAUCGAUGGCCUGCAUGCGGUGGUGAUUGACGUGCGCUAUCCUACCGUUCCCGCCUCGCUGCUUUCCUCGCGACAUCAGUUGCCGAUUAACGGGAUGGCGUGGUCGCCACAGUCCGCGCAGAAUAUCUGCACCGUGGGGGAGGAUGGCGUGGUGUGCAUCUGGAGCGCGAACGGGGAGGUGGGGGUUUCGCUCUUUCAGUACACCUGCGGAGUUCCCAUCAACAACGUCGCGUGGAGGAACACAAACAAGGAGGACUGGAUCGCGAUUACAACAGGCGAGGGAGCGAAGGUGCUGCGCCUUUGA